CCUAUCCCCCUCCCCUCCUCUCUCUCGCUCCCCUCCGGGGAAAAUGGUGUCCAAGCUCAGCUCCCUGCAGCAGGAACUUCUCAGCGCUCUGCUCAGCUCCGGCGUGACCAAGGAGACUUUGCUCCAAGCCCUGGACGACAUGGGGCCCGCCACCAGCUUCGGGGUCAAGCUGGAGAGCCUGCCCCUGUCCCCGGGCAGCGGGGCGGAGGCGGAGGGCAAGCCCGUCUUCCACACCCUCACCAACGGCCACAGCAAGGGCAAGCUGUCCGGGGACGAGGGCUCCGAGGACGGGGACGAUUUUGACACCCCGCAGAUCCUGCGGGAGCUGCAGGCGCUCAACACGGAGGAGGCGGUGGAGCAGAGAGCCGAGGUGGAUCGGAUGAUCAGUGAGGACCCCUGGCGGGCUGCGAAAAUGAUCAAGGGUUACAUGCAACAGCACAACAUCCCCCAGAGGGAGGUGGUGGAUGUGACAGGCCUGAACCAGUCUCACCUCUCGCAGCACCUCAACAAGGGAACGCCCAUGAAAACGCAGAAGCGGGCGGCACUCUACACGUGGUACGUCCGGAAGCAGAGGGAGAUUCUCAGACAGUUCAACCAGACAGUCCAGGGUUCUGGAAAUAUGACAGACAAAAGCAGUCAGGAUCAGCUGCUGUUUCUCUUUCCAGAGUUCAAUCAGCAGAGCCAGGGCACGGGCCAACUCGACGAUGCCUGCUCUGAAACCCCCAGCAAGAAGAUGCGACGGAAUCGAUUCAAGUGGGGGCCAGCCUCACAACAAAUCUUGUACCAAGCCUACGACCGGCAAAAGAACCCUAGCAAGGAGGAAAGGGAGGCCCUAGUAGAGGAAUGUAACAGGGCGGAAUGUCUCCAGCGAGGUGUGUCCCCCUCCAAAGCACACGGGCUGGGAUCCAACCUGGUGACGGAGGUUCGCGUCUACAACUGGUUUGCCAACCGACGGAAAGAGGAGGCUUUCCGCCAGAAACUGGCCAUGGAUGCCUACAGCACGGGCCAGCCGCACAGCAUGAACCUACUGCUGCCUCACAGCUCCCCCCACCCCGCCCAGCCCAGCGCAUCGCCCCCCAGCAAAAUGCCAGGAGUCCGAUACAGCCAGCAGGGGAACAGUGAGGUCACUUCCUCUUCGACAAUCAGUCACCAUGGCAACAAUGCCAUGGUGACCACCAGCCAGUCCGUCCUACAGCAGGUUUCUCCAGCAGGGUUGGACCCGGGCCACAAUUUACUCUCCCCUGAUGGUAAAAUGAUCUCUGUUUCGGGAGGUGGGCUGCCCCCUGUAAGUACCCUGACCAAUAUCCACAGCUUGUCCCAUCACAACCCACAACAGUCCCAGAACCUCAUCAUGACCCCGCUCUCUGGCGUCAUGGCAAUCGCACAAAGUCUAAAUACUUCCCAGGCGCAGAGCGUCCCUGUUAUCAACAGUGUUGCCGGAAGUCUGGCAGCUUUACAGCCAGUCCAGUUCUCCCAGCAGCUACACAGUCCCCAUCAACAGCCUCUCAUGCAGCAGUCACCCGGCCAUCUGACACAGCAGCCUUUUAUGGCCACAGUGACUCAACUGCAGAAUUCACACAGUAAGGAUCUUGUCAGUGUAUGCACACAAGCCGGAGCCUCCCCAGUAUUCCCACACUUCCCGGUUUCCAUCGGCCAUGGUGGUCACAGAUACCAGCAGCAUCAGUACAUUAACCAAUAUGUCUUCCAAUAAACAGUGUCCCCUGCAAGCCUGGUGAUGUUCCACACCUCAUUUAUUCUGCACCUAGCAACAGGAACUUAUUUUCGACAACAUCACGCCGGUAACCAACAAAGUCUGAGGGUUGUUGCCAUAGUGACGCUCAGCCAGCUUGUCUAGUGCCAUAGCGAGAAGCCCAUUAACCUGAGAGAGAGCUGGCGUUUCAAGACGAAUAGCCACCCUUCUGUGACUUGACAGGACCGAAGUGCCUCCUUCCAGAGACUGUGCUUUUCCAUUUCCUUCACGCAGUAUUUCCAAGAGAUGUCUUGAGGAUUUUAAGUAUUUGCCUUCAAGAGGGCACUGGCUCUCGGGAGAAAAUAAGAACAAAAUGUACUACUGACUGGCAGAAGAGGAUGACGGAGAUCAAAAAUAUUUAAGUUAUAUUCCUUCCCCAAACAGACUGAUGAGACUGGGAUCUGUUACUUGGAGUUUGGAGGAAGGAAUCUCAUGUGCUGUUGAACUGAGCCAAUUAAAUUGUAUAUAUAGCUAAACUUCUCUCCUCUCCAACCCUUCCAUCUCCAUCUAUGCCUAGAGAGCUAUAUUAAAGAAGUAAAUUUUGUCCAAUGGAUGUAAACUACUGUAAUUAAGUGCAAUUUCCCCACCUGUAUAUAUUGCCAACAAUUUUCUUAUUUCUCGUUUUGUAAAGGUCAGAUCUGAAGGUUUUUCUUUUUUUUUUUCUUUUUAACAAAAUCACGAGGAAACAUCUGGGCCUAGUCGAUGGCUGUCAACCAGUGAGGACAGAUACAAGCUCACCCUUCAUGCAGGUGCCACUAAAGGCUGAUAAACUGUGCUCUGGCCAAUAGUCCAAACCAAUAUGAACUCAAAUUUAGGGAAGGACCAAGAAUGAAAUUCACGACCCAGUGGCCAACUACCCAGCGACCAUGAAACGUCCCAUCCAUCUGGCAGCUAGUGCCAAUAUGCAGAUCUAAAAAAUGUAUGUUAUUCGCUGACACGUAGACGUUUUGAGUGAGAAUGAUCAGGGGCAAGGGAAGAGGUCCUAGUGGAAUUAAAACAUGGACUUUUUUGGGAGUUUUCAGCUUACAGGUGUGGGGAGUUUUCCAAGUGUGCCUGUAGCAUUUGCGGCCAUGUAUCUGAAUGGGCUGGUAACAACACUUUUUAGUUGGAUCUUUCUACACGUCCAAAGGGGUUCGGUGAAUCCCUGAUCUUCUUUCGAGGUGGGGAGGAGAGAAGUGAAAUCCUUCCUGUCAUCCUGGGAAGUGAAAAGGGAUUUGGUGCCUCAUAUCACCUGGUUUCCUGCCCAAUAAGAUUUGUAAGUAACCCUAAGUUAUUUACAAUGAUCUGGCAUUGUAAGUAACUGCAGAGCUAUCCCUGUUGUGUCUCCCUCACAAAUAAGCAAGCCAUGCCCCUAGUACUGAUGCCACUUCCUAGCCAGUUGCUGGCUUUCCUUCCUCGGCAGGUGGACAAAAUCUCUCUAGUGCCAGAAUUUGGAGUGUUUCAUGCUGACAGCCAGACACAUAACCACUAAGGGCCUCUUUGUCAUACUCUCACUCAGACUGCGUAGAGUCUUGCACAAAUAACAGUCCUUUUGAAUGCAACAGGACUCGCCGUGUGAGGUACUUUGUAGUCCGCUGUGGAUAAAAGCAUCACAAUCUGGCCCUAACCCAGAAAUGUACGUGUUGGAAAAUGACUAUCAAGGGGCUGUGAUGGCUAUGAGUGCGUAUUUCCGUUGAUGCACUGGCACAGAUGCUGUGCCGGACGGUUCUUUACUUGUUGGCUUUUGAGGUAUUUGCGAAAGAGAUCCUGGAAGAGGAGAGAAUUAUUAAGCAAGAGGCUCAUUGGUAGCUACAGGUUGAACCCCUUUAGUCUGGCACGGUUGGGCCUGCCCGGUGUCGAACCAGAGAAUUUGCCGAACCACAGGAGGUCAAUAUUGUCGAGCAGCAUUACCGACACUUCCACUGCUUACUGGGCUUGUGGAAGACAUUUAGGGGUAAGUUAGAGCUAACAGCACAGAACAAAGACACAGGACUCGUGGCUGUAAACAAACUUUAUGGGACCACAGGAAACUUGGCCACAGCCAUGAUAAGUGGACAUCCGGCUAACUGAAAUCAUGCCGGACUAUAGAUAUUGCUGGACCAGAGAGUGCUGAAUUAGAGAGGCUCAACCUAUACCAGUUUUCUCUUCCUCCCACCCCGCUCCCAUUCCAAAUUCUAACUUUGCUUCCUUUGCAAUCAAUAACAAAAAGUUCAUGAACAUCAGAAUUAAGGCCCUAAGAAAGGCGACCAAAUGAUUACGGGUAGCCAGUAGGGGAUGCACAAAUAACUUCUUCCCUGUCCUCUACACUCCCAAAUUUGGGGGGAACUAGAACUCCUGUUUCUCCAUCCUGCCAACAACUCUAGAAUGUAAGUCAGACAGCUAACAUCUCCCCUGCCUGUAGCUGCUAUAAGACGACAAGGGAGACUGAGGCAGACACUCAACUGUUAUCAAUCGACAUUGCUCUAUUGAAGUCAGUGGAGCAACACUUGAUUUACACUAAGGCUCCAGUGUAAAAUUUUCAAAAGUGCCUCAAUCCAAUUUUCAAAGGGAUUUAAGAGCCUAUCUCCUUUCAGUGAGACUUAAGACUCCUAAAUGCCUAAAUCACUCGCAAAUGGGAAAGGCUCCUAAAUCACUUAGACACUGCUGAAUUUGUAGUGCCUUAAUUCCCAACUCUGUGAGCAAUGAAAAUGGGUAAAGCUCAGUCGUGUCUCCCCGCAAACAGAAAGAUCAAUGCUAAAUAUACAAGCAGCAGUUUCUCCUUUUGAGGCGGGGCCAUCUUUGACUCUGUACAGCGCCUAGUACAGUGGAGUCCCAGUGUUUAUUGGGAUUAGUAGGAAUUACUGGAUGACAAGUAAUAAAUCAUUAUGAACUGGAAAGCAAUCUUUGGAAUGAAAUUUAAUUUGAUGUAUAUCAUAAUUAAAUACCGGUUUUUUUUGGUUCUCUGUCAGUGUGUGAUGUAUACCGAAAACACAGGAAAUACUGUAUUAAUAGCCUCAUCUCUUCAUGGACAAGAACAAGAUGAAUUGAAAUGAUUGCCAAGUAAUUCUAGGGUAGAGGUGUCAUAAGCAUAAGGUGCGCUUAUGAGUACUUGUAAUGGCCAUUGCUGUAUUACAGACGUUGAUUCAACAGGCUAUGUGGAAAGCAGAAAGUCUUCUCGUCAAAGAAUAAAAACAAAUUGUUUGCCUCUCUCUUGAAA